AAUACCACGUUGCUCUCCGUGUGGGAGGACAACAGUGUGGUAAGUGAUAUAAUAGUGGAAAGAUCGCAGCCGAUUGUUCAUAGAUACGAAGUCCCAGUUCCUGGUGGCUUUAACGCCCAGGUGAGACUCCUAAUACCACCCGGUGCUGAUAUGAGUGGUGCCACCAAGUAUCCCAUGCUGGUUUACGUGUACGGUGGCCCGGAUUCGUAUCAGGUGACGGAGAAAUUUAACAUUGAUUGGGGCACGUAUCUUGUAACAAACAAAAGUAUUAUAUAUGCUGCCAUUGACGGUCGCGGUUCCGGAUUAAUGGGUAACGACAUGCUGUUCGCCGGAUACCGACGUCUCGGCACUGUCGAAAUUGUCGAUCAGAUCAACGUUACCAGGUAA